AUGGUUCUGGCUCUUCAGAUGAUGCCGGUGGAGCACUUGGAGGAGUCCUCACCCCACCGUGAUAACCAGACAUUAAAAUCUUGGGGCUUUGCAUCCCCGGAUUUCUCUGUGAUUCCUUCUAGACUGGUGGCAUCGUGGCAGCAUCACUGUUUCACAACUGAGGCAGGUUUCUGUUGUUUACAGGACAGUUCUGCAGAUCGAUUUCUCAACAGCUUGGGAAGGUUUAUGACAGGACUGGACACCAAAAAUAAUGUCAAGGUGUGGUUCAAUAACAAGGGCUGGCAUGCAAUCAGCUCUUUCCUGAAUGUCAUCAACAAUGCCAUUCUCCGGGCCAACCUGCAAAAGGGAGAGAACCCUAGCCAUUAUGGAAUUACUGCUUUCAAUCAUCCCCUGAAUCUCACCAAACAGCAGCUCUCAGAGGUGGCUCUGAUGACCACAUCAGUGGAUGUCCUUGUGUCCAUCUGCGUCAUCUUUGCGAUGUCCUUCGUCCCAGCCAGCUUUGUCGUAUUCCUGAUCCAGGAGCGGGUCAGCAAAGCAAAACACCUGCAGUUCAUCAGUGGCGUGAAGCCUGUCAUCUACUGGCUCUCUAAUUUUGUCUGGGAUAUGUGCAAUUACGUUGUCCCUGCCACACUGGUCAUUAUCAUCUUCAUCUGCUUCCAGCAGAAGUCCUAUGUGUCCUCCACCAACCUGCCUGUGCUAGCCCUUCUACUUUUGCUGUAUGGGUGGUCAAUCACACCUCUCAUGUACCCAGCCUCCUUCGUGUUCAAGAUCCCCAGCACAGCCUAUGUGGUGCUCACCAGCGUGAACCUCUUCAUCGGCAUCAAUGGCAGCGUGGCCACCUUUGUGUUGGAGCUCUUCACCGACAAUAAGCUGAAUAAUAUCAAUGAUAUCCUGAAGUCUGUGUUCUUGAUCUUCCCACAUUUUUGCCUGGGACGAGGGCUCAUUGACAUGGUGAAAAACCAGGCAAUGGCUGAUGCCCUGGAAAGGUUUGGGGAGAACCGCUUUGUGUCACCAUUAUCUUGGGACUUGGUGGGACGAAACCUCUUCGCCAUGGCCGUGGAAGGGGUGGUGUUCUUCCUCAUUACUGUUCUGAUCCAGUACAGAUUCUUCAUCAGGCCCAGACCUGUAAAUGCAAAGCUCCCUCCUCUGAAUGAUGAAGAUGAAGAUGUGAGGCGGGAAAGACAGAGAAUUCUUGAUGGUGGAGGCCAGAAUGACAUCUUAGAAAUCAAGGAGUUGACGAAGAUAUAUAGAAGGAAGCGGAAGCCUGCUGUUGACAGGAUUUGUGUGGGCAUUCCUCCUGGUGAGUGCUUUGGGCUCCUGGGAGUUAAUGGGGCUGGAAAAUCAUCAACUUUCAAGAUGUUAACAGGAGAUACCACUGUUACCAGAGGAGAUGCUUUCCUUAACAAAAAUAGUAUCUUAUCAAACAUACAUGAAGUACAUCAGAACAUGGGCUACUGCCCUCAGUUUGAUGCCAUCACAGAGCUGUUGACUGGGAGAGAACACGUGGAGUUCUUUGCCCUUUUGAGAGGAGUCCCAGAGAAAGAAGUUGGCAAGGUUGGUGAGUGGGCGAUUCGGAAACUGGGCCUCGUGAAGUAUGGAGAAAAAUAUGCUGGUAACUACAGUGGAGGCAACAAGCGCAAGCUCUCUACAGCCAUGGCUUUGAUCGGCGGGCCUCCUGUGGUGUUUCUGGAUGAACCCACCACAGGCAUGGAUCCCAAAGCCCGGCGGUUCUUGUGGAAUUGUGCCCUAAGUGUUGUCAAGGAGGGGAGAUCAGUAGUGCUUACAUCUCAUAGUAUGGAAGAAUGUGAAGCUCUUUGCACUAGGAUGGCAAUUAUGGUCAAUGGAAGGUUCAGGUGCCUUGGCAGUGUCCAGCAUCUAAAAAAUAGGUUUGGAGAUGGUUAUACAAUAGUAGUACGAAUAGCAGGGUCCAACCCGGACCUGAAGCCUGUCCAGGAUUUCUUUGGACUUGCCUUUCCUGGAAGUGUUCUAAAAGAGAAACACCGGAACAUGCUACAAUACCAGCUUCCAUCUUCGUUAUCUUCUCUGGCCAGGAUAUUCAGCAUCCUCUCCCAGAGCAAAAAGCGACUCCACAUAGAAGACUACUCUGUUUCUCAGACAACACUUGACCAAGUAUUUGUGAACUUUGCCAAGGACCAAAGUGAUGAUGACCACUUAAAGGACCUCUCAUUACACAAAAACCAGACAGUAGUGGAUGUUGCGGUUCUCACAUCUUUUCUACAGGAUGAAAAAGUGAAAGAAAGCUAUGUAUGAAGAAUCCUGUUCAUACGGGGUGGCUGAAAGAGGAACUAGACUUUCCUUUGCACCAUAUGAAGUGUUCCGGAGAAAAGAGCCAGAAGUUGAUGUGGGAAGUAAUAAACUGGAUACUGUACUGAUACUAUUCAAUGCAAUGCAAUUCAAUGCAAUGAAAACAAAAUUCCAUUACAGGGGCAGUGCCUUUGUAGCCUAUGUCUUACAUGGCUCUCAAGUGAAAGACUUGAAUUUAGUUUUUUACCUAUACCUAUGUGAAACUCUAUUAUGGAACCCAGUGGACAUAUGGGUUUGAACUCAUACUUUUUUUUGUUGUUCCUGUGUAUUCUCACUGGGGUUGCAACAAUUAUUCAUCCAGUAAUCAUGGCCAGUGAUUAUUGAUCAAAAUCAAAAGGCAUGCACAUCCUCAUUCACUAAGCCAUGCCAUGCCAGGAGACUGGUUUCCCGGUGACACAUCCAUUGCUGGCAAUGAGUGUGCCAGAAUUAUUAGUGCCAAGUUUUUCAGAAAGUUUGAAGCACCAUGGUGUGUCAUGCUCACUUUUGUGAAAGCUGCUCUGCUCAGAGUCUAUCAACAUCAUUAAAUAUCAGUUGACAAAAUGGUGCCAUGUGUGGCUAACAUCCUGCUUUGAUUCCCUCUUUGAUGAGCUGUUCUGGUAGCCAUAACAUGCAACAAAAAUGUGGGUGUCUCUAGGCACAGGAAACUUGGUGCCAUUGUUAUAUUGUCCUGUGCUUCAAGCCAUGGGUCUACAGGGUCAUCCUUAUGAGACUCUUAAAUAUACUUAGAUCCAGGUAAGAGGCAAAGAAUCAACAGCCAAACUGUUGGGGCUGCAAGCUGCUGAAGCCAGGGCAUGGGAUUAAAGAGAUUGUGCGUUCAAACCUAAGGAAGCCUGUGCCCAUUUGUCCUGAUUGUCGACUCACAUGGUACACUGCAUCUCAAGAUGUUUCUUAUCUGACACAAGUAUAUUAUUAUUUCUGGCUUUUUGAAUUAAUCUAGAAAAUGAAAAGAUGGAGUUGUAUUUUGAUGAAAAUCUUUGUACUUUUUAAUGUUAUUUGGAAUUUUAAGUUCUAUCAGUGACUUCUGAAUCCUAAAAUGCCCCCUCUGUAGAACCCUGUGGUAUAGAGGAGUAUGGCUACUGCCCCACUAUUUUUAUUUUCUUAUAUAAGUUUGCAUAUCAGUCAUGACUAGUGCCUAGAAAGCAAUGUGACGGUCAAGAUCUCAUGACAUUAUAUUUGACUUUCUUUCAGAUCAUUUAGGAUACUUUUAAUCUCAAUUCAUCAAUCAAGUAUUUUUUGGGUGUAUGCUGUAGCUGAAGGAGUAUGUACGUAUGUAUAAGGAUAGAGAGAAAUUAAGUCUCAGUAGAUUGUGCCAUGUUAUUCAGCUCACUGGUUUACAAAUAUAGGUUGUCUUGUGGUUGUAGGAGCCCACUGUAACAAUAUUGGGCAGCCUUUUUUUUUUUUUUUUUAAUUGCAACAAUGCAAAAGCCAAGAAAGUAUAAAGGUCACAAGUAUAAACAAUGAAUUUUUCAACAGGGAAAACAGCUAGCUUGAGAACUUGCUAAAAAACACAACUUUUGUUUAUGGCAUUUAGUACCUUCAAAUAAUUGGACACCCCAUUAAAUCUGACAAUCUCAAAUUUUUCAUCUCUUCAAUCACUAAUCAAGAAAAAUAUAAAAACAACAAAUGCUUCCAUAUGGAGCAUUUUUCAGAGUUUUCUAACCUGGGCUUAUUUUUCUAGUCAGUAAACAUUUUUAAAAAUAGUUUCACUAAUGCUUACUGUUAACUGUCUUGAGAGAAAAGAAACAUAGGAGAGAACUAUUGUUUGGCCAAGUUCAAGUGAUCUUUCAAUAUCAUUACUAACUUCUACCUUUUCCAAAAUUUGAAUAUUAACUCUAAAGGCGUAAGACUUCAGAUUUCAAAUUAAUCUCUAUAUAUUUUUUAAAUUUACAGAAUAUUAUAUAACCCACUGCUGAAAAAGAAAAAAAAUGAUUGUUUUAGAAGUUAAAGUCAAUGUUGAUUUUAAAUAUAAGUAAUGAAGGCAUAUUUCCAAUAACUAGUGAUAUGGCAUCAUUGCAUUUUAUACUAUCUUCAAAAAUAUAGAAUUUGUAGAAUAAUUUCUCCUCAUUUAAUAUUUUUCAAAAUCAAACUUCUGUUGGUUUUCUCAUUUUACUAAAAUCAUAUUCUAAUUCUUCAUUAUAGUAAAUCCAUGAGCAACUCCUUACUUCAGUUUCUCUGACUUCAAGGCCAUAUUUUAAAAAAUCAAAAGGCACUGUGAACUAUUUCGAAGAAAACACAACAUUUUAAUACAGAUUGAAAGGAUCUCUUCUGAAGCUAGAAACAAUCUACGGUUAUACAUCUUCAUUAAUACUGUGUUACCUUUUAAAAUAGUAAUCUUUUACAUUUUCCUGUGUAAACCUAAUUGUGGUAGAAAUUUUUACUAACUCCAUACUCAAUCAAGCAAAAUUUCUGUGUAUUCCCUGUGGGAUAUAACUAUGUGAGUUUCAGAAAUUCUCAAAAUACAUGUCCAAAAAUUUCUGCUUGUGCAUCUUUUGGACACCUCAGAAAACUAAUUAACAACUGUGAAUAUGGUAAAUAUAGAAGAAAAUAAUAAGCCCUCUAUACAUAAAUGCCCAGCACAAUUCAUUGUUAAAAAACAACCAAACCUCACACUACUGUAUUUCAUUAUCUGUACUGAAAGCAAAUGCUUUGUGACUAUUAAAUGUUGCACAUCAUUCAUUCACUGUAUAGUAAUCAUUGACUAAAGGGAUUUGUCUGUGUUUUCUUCUUGUGGUUGUAUAUAUCAGGUAAAAUGUUUUCCAAAGAGCCAUGUGUCAUGUAAUACUGAACCACUUUGAUAUUGAGACAUUAAUUUGUACCCUUGUUAUUAUCUACUAGUAAUAAUGUAAUACUGUAGAAAUAUUACUCUAAUUCUUUUCAAAAUUGUUGCAUCCCCUUUUAUAGAAUGUUUCUAUGUCGAUAAGGAUUUAGGUAGGCUAUUAUCCCUUCUUAUACCCCAAGAUGAAGCUGUUUUUGUGCUCUUUGUUCAUCAUUGGCCCUCAUUCCAAGCACUUUAAGCUGUCUGUAAUGGGAUCUAUUUUUGCACUGGAAUACCUGAGAAUUGCAAAACUAGACAAAAGUUUCACAACAGAUUUCUAAGUUAAAUCAUUUUCAUUAAAAGGAAAAAAGAAAAAAAAAUUUGUAUGUCAAUAACUUUAUAUGAAGUAUUAAAAAGUGCAUAUUUCUAUGUUGUAAUAUAAUGAGUCACAAAAUAAAGCUGUGACAGUUCUGUUGGUCUACAGAAA